ACAAGGUCCUGAGUUCGAUCCCUGGGCCAAAAAAAAGAAUUUGCUACAGAGGAACUUAGUUUUAUCCUUAACCUAGGGUAUCUUUCUGUAAUUGGACAUAAUCUUAUAUAUUAAUUUUCAGUAGACUUAGCAAUUUUCACUAGUUACUUUUAAACACACUUUUUUAAAACCUCUGUAGAAGUUUGCAUCAAGACAAAGAACUCAAGUAUUGUAUUACCGGAAGUGAUUGAAAUUCUUUUUAUGUACUUUUGUAAUAAACUCCAUUUAAAAAUAGGUGAUAUUUUAGCUGGUGUGGUUGUGUGGACAGUAACACUUACUUGCCAUUCUGGAAAAUUAGACUUUCAGGGGGAAAUAAACUGUAGUCAUUGAGUCUUUUAACUUUUGUUUUGAAAUACAACCCCACACUCAGGUGGUGGAGAAAUUUUGGAGGCCUUAGGUACCAUCCACUCUAGGUGUGCCAGUCUGUUGUCCACAUACACGUUGGUAAAGGAGCUCAGGUGUAGGAUUCUGUGAGGUCCAGCAUGCCUGUCCAGAUGCAGGGUCCCUUGCCCCAGAGCACCCUUUAUGGCCUGCCCGCUCAUCUUCAUCUUCCCAUGGCACAGUUGCCAUGAAUGGCAUCAUGUGACAUGUGGCUCUGGAGACUGGCUUUUCCCAACUGAAAGGGAUUGUUUACAGUUUGGGACUGUUACACAUGGAGUGCUGUGAACGUUCUCAUGUGUAUUCUCAUGAUCCUUGGCUUUCAUUUCUUUGGGAUAAAGUCCCAGGACGUUACUUAAAUGUAAGGGUGUAGCAUAUAUGGGAGGUGAGAUCUGUGACACUGAAUUGGCACUUUCUGCUGCUGUGGUGGGCCUAGAGGAUGUCAGAAAGUACCUGGGAGAGUGCACAGGACCAGUGUGAACCUUGGAUGUGCUGGACGUGCCUGUUGUACCUUUGAGGACGCUGCUGGUAAAGGAGUAGAGCCUCCUUUGCCCUAGGCACAUUUCUGGAAUGCAGCUUUUCAGUGGGCUGCCCACAGUAAGUAUCAGGACUUUGUUGCAGGAGGGAAGAGACCAAAUGUGGGGUGGCUGUCCUGCUGGCCAGGGUCCCACGGUGAGGGCUUCAGAAAGUAGGCAGCAUCAUUGAUUCGGUCCUGCAGACCUCCAGUGUGCUCUGCAGCCUGUGUUCCGUGCUUCACUGUGAGGUCCUUCCUCUCAGGCCCAAGGCAGAAAUUCUUGGGGUGGAGUUUCAGCAUGGCACCUUAAGAUACAUUUCUGUGGUUUUAUUCAUUUAUAUGUUGAUAGAAGAAUUGUGUUAGAUCUUAGAGCUUUGUCAUCUGUAAUAUAAAGGCGCAGAGCUGUCUCAGGAUCACAUCUUUGCCCAUCAGCACUGUUGUGCCUUUGUUUUCUCUGAGGCAUGGAGACUGUCCUGGGUCACUGUCUGUGAGGAGUGUGGAGAUGUGCUAAAGGUUUCUUCCUCUGUUUUCACAGGGCACAAUGUUUGCACGAGGACUAAAGAGGAAAUGUGUUGACCAGGAGGAAGAUGGGGAUGAUGCACUGGCUGGCUUUGGCACCAUCCCUUCCUAUAGCCUGCAGCGGCAGUCGCUCUUGGACAUGUCUCUGGUCAAGCUCCAGCUCUGCCACAUGUUGGUGGAGCCCAACCUCUGCCGCUCAGUCCUCAUCGCCAACACGGUUCGGCAGAUCCAGGAGGAGAUGACCCGGGAUGGCUUGGGGCGUGGGGCAGGACCCCAGAGCACUGGGCGGGCACCACUCGACCGCCUGGUAUCCACAGAGAUCCUGUGUCGCACAGUGAGGACACCGGAAGCCGGGUGCCCUGUUCCUGACCUGGGAGGCAGCUCUUUGCAGGGCACACCGCCUGAACUUUGCACAGUCGAAUCAGCAGAGCUGCCGAGGAGCCCUCAGAGCAACCUUUGGGAAAUGGACAGCCCUCGGGAAAACAGAGGGAGUUUUCAGAAGUCACUGGAUCAGAUAUUUGAGACCCUGGAGCAUAAAAGCCCCAGCUCUAUGGAGGAGCUGUUCUCAGACAUGGACAGUUCCUACUAUGACCUGGACACCAUGCUGACAGGAAUGAUGACUGGCACCAAGCCAGGCCUCUGUGACGGGCUUGAGGGCUUUGCUGCAGCUGCCCCAGCUUCUGGCUCCAGCUGCAAGUCUGACCUGGCUGAGCUGGACCACGUGGUGGAGAUCCUGGUGGAGACCUGAGACAGGCCUCCGACAAGACUGGAGCUCCUGAGAGCUUCUCAGUGUCAGAGACAGGGGGACUUGUUCCUAUACAAGGAGUUAUCACUGCCUGUGCCCAGCGCAGUUGCCUGCAGGUUCUGAGAAUAUUCUGGGACAGAUGGCCCUUGGUGAAGAUUGCAGUUCUCAGGCCUGUCCUCCCUUCUCAAGAAGUCUGUCAUGCCAGGAUGGAGUGCUUUGAAGUCUCAGCCUGGGCCAGGUGACACCUCACAGCUCUGGGCCUCUCCUUUCUGUCUGGGCUGCUGCCGUGGAAGACAGCAAGUCCACAAGCUGCAUCCGACCUCGUUUAACUUUAGAUAGGUGAACUUUUUUAAAUUAAGUUUUACAUGCUUUGGACACUAUUUUUGUCUUUAAGAUAUAUUUUUUAAAUUUUUAUACUUUACCCCUUUAAGUUUGUUCCAAUAUUUUCUUAAAGUAUAUUUUUUCUAUGAAACAUCCUUUGCUGCUACAUUGGAAACUUUUAUAGCCUGAAUAGUUGCAGUUGGUGUGUUUCGUUUUUUUAAGGUUUGCAUAGGAGAUUUAUUUUCUAAAUGAGAUCCUCCGUACUCUAAGGAAGUGCAACAUAUCAUGGUUUUCUUUAGCUUUAUGCAUGACCUUCCUUCCUCACCUUCUGGGCUGUUACAGUGGAGCCAUAUCUUGGCAAAGCUCAGUUACAUUGAGGGCCACGCAUAGCUAAGAUACAUUUGUCACUAGAUCUACCCUGAGCCACAACCACCAAGACUUCUGUGUAAGGAAGAUUUUUACUUAGGCCUAUUUAUAUGGAAAUCCUCUGAAAGCAAGGGUCAAAUAUUUGUAUAGAAAUCACAGGUACUAGCUGCACUCCAGAGACCAUGGGUCUCAGGGGUACCUUCCACUGGGUUGUGUGGGCAGGACCCUUGGGUCUGGUUCUUGUGUGUCUUACCCGGGGUACCUGUGUUCCUUGAAGUACACGCAGCCAACUCCAUGUGCCAGGGCACUAUGAGUAUGGAAAAGGUGUGUUCCUGUGUGUUGUGGGGUUGGAAAAUGCUUAUACUUGCUCUGUUAAAUUGGUUCUGGGACAACAUUUUAAGGUUACAUUGACAUCUAGGGUGAAGGAAAUCUAAUUUCUGGCCACUCAAUCCUGAGGGUCAGUGUGGUGCUGCUUCAGGUGAGCUGGGUUGGCCUGGCCCCUUCCAGUCCUCAGUGGCUUACAAGUCUGACUCCUCCAGACCCACACCCACUCAUGUUUCCUGUUUGUCAUGUGCUUUUUUCUGACUUCUCCUUUGAGCCUAAAACGUUUGUUUUCUUUUGUGCAUAAGACCAUUCUUUAAUGUUGGUGAUGUAAACUUCACUUUAUUAAAAAUUUACCCAACAAACAAAAUGGAAAUAUGUUGUG